UCCAAACAAGCUCGAAGCAUUGGCUGGCAAACGUAACUGGCCGUCCUACCCCCAAAGCUCCUCCUCCCUAUUCAUCUGCUUCUACAAAAACCCUAAAUUUUCCCUCCAAAUCCUAAUUCCUUUUGAGCCAAUCAGAUCGCAACCUUUCUUUUCUGUUGGAAUAAUCAGCCAUUGUUAUUUCCUCCGAUUUUGAAUCCUCCCCAGCCAUGGGAACAAGUGGACCGGGCUAUUAAAAGUCUUGAUUAAUUGUUGCAGCGGGCCUGACCCCGAGCAAAGAAGAAGAAAAUGAUGACAUGGUGGCUGGAAACGAGGACUACUGAAAGGUUGCCGUUGAGUUCUUUCCUGACAGCGUCAUUUCAGACAUGCAUAAAGAGGUCUUGAAGAGUAUUCCUAUAGGUGGUAGGGAUGGUGGUUCAGCCAGGAAAGAAGUCAUUGGGAUUGUGAUCGGCGUUUAUGCACUUGAUGCCAAUUCCAUGGUCUGGAAGAACUCUCUCACUUGCGCUGUCUGAUCCUUUAGCACCAUGAUUAUAAGAUCAACUGCCACUGUCAACCAUCUCAACAAGCCAGGUCCAUCUCCUCUCAUUUCCAACGCAAACCGGUCAUGUGUUUGGUCCAGUUCAUAGUCUUUGUUGACCUGGGCCAAGAAUCGGUCAAAAUUGUAAAAAUCGUAAAACCCGUUAAAACCGGUUCAACCUGUGAACCACGGUUCUCCAACUUUUGACCGAAUUUUCAAAUUUAACCUCAAUUAUCUAAAGUUUAAACCUAAUCUUCACUUCUUCAGUUCACUCUUCAGUCGUCAGCCUUCACGACACUCUUCGCUUCGCCGCUUCAACUCAAUUCAUUUGUUUCGAUUCUCAUUUCUCAGCUGCUACCCAUCAAUUCAUCAACAGCUUUAGGGACAUCACGAUUCUCAGCUAGGUUUAGGGACAUCAAUUCACCAAUUCAUCUCAGCUGCUACCUUCACGAUUCUCAAUUCAUCUCAGCUGCUACCUUCACGAUUCUCAUUUAAGAUUUACUAUUGCACUCCUGAAAGGCCUCAAGCUUAUACCAGUCUUUGACCUGUGCGGUCGCAUGCCCACCCACAGAACUCACAAACGAGAAAGCUAAGGCGCAGCUGGUUAGGUUACGAUGGAGAAUUCUAUGAAUCUACUAUUACAAACUACAAAACAAGAUAAUCUUCUCAAGCUCAAAAGAAGGUUGUUGAUGGAUUUGCCUCUGUCUGGGUUGGAGAAAAAGCUACACAAGGAAUUGAAUCAUCUGGAAGACAUGUUUACACCUGAAACAUUGAUUAGAGAAGAUGAUGUAUACUAUGACAAUGUCAGGUCCUUCGUCGAAAGGGGUUUUGGAGUUCAAAGCUUGGUAAAAAAUCAGGAAGUUAAAAAGGAUGGGCCAUCCUUUGAUUCACAGUAUCUAUUGAACAAUCUGUCAUCCCUGCUUGAUAAAAUGACAAACAACGGAUUGUGUUGUCUUGCUGGCUUGCUGACAGAGGGCUCGAUUGAGUUUGAAAAAACUAGGUGGAAAAUGAGAAAGUUAAUCAAAGAAUACCUUCCCACAUUUCUUAACAAGGAAAACCAUAAUGUUGAAAUGAGAAUGAAUCAGAUUUUCAUUCUUCUCAAUAAUCCUCAGUAUAUCCUGGGGUUGGAUAGGGUACCAACUGAUUAUCAAACUGCUGCUGCUAGUGUGUUAGAUGGACUUGAGGAGUUGCCUCUUAAGACGCUAAAUGCAAUGCACAGGAAGCUUAGAGGUCAAAGUGGGUACAUUCCUGAGUUAGGUCCCUGUAAACAUCAGGUGAAACAUGUCUUGAUAGAUACUGUUAGGAAACGUUGUAUGAAGAUGCUAUCAGAACUGCGUGAAGGGGAAGAGUUACAGGAACCUCUGGUCAAAGCUCUGGCAGUUGCAGGCUUAACGCUAAAAUUGAUACUUUGCCGCCCCUCUGUAGUUGAAUUUCGAACAUUUGCACCUCAUAUAGAAUCCCUACAGAAUGAUAUUGCAAGGGCUAUUUGUCUUCUUAAUUCUGGAAACAGUGUGGUCGUUGCUGAAAUUGAAGCAUUGCAUGAAAUCUUGCAUCAGUGGGCAGACUCUAAAGUUGAGAAUUCAAAGCAAUGGUCGUGCUUGACUAUAAGGAAUCUUUUCAUGGAUUUUCUUUUUGAGUGUGAUGAUAUGGAAAUUAUUCCAGAAUGUUUAGUGCAGGCAGUUUACUACAUUAACAAAAGAUUCUGUAAUCCAGCUUGUAGGAGCACCUCAAAGGAUGAAGUGGAACAGGAGGUGGAAUUUUUAUUAUGCUUGAGUGCUGAGACAAAGCAGGUUGUCUGGAACCUUCUACCUGGACAAGAAGUUGAUCAAGAUUUUGCUAACGCCUACAUGGAGGUAUUAGAGGAAAGUGAUGAUGACGAGGAUGAGAAAGGGAUUGAUCUUCCUCAAAGUUCUAAAUCAAGUUUUGAUGAUUUUAAGGACUUAACAGAGUGUUUUGGUGAAACCAACCCCCUUGAUAUUGAUUCGCCCAUCUCUUCAGGUAAUGGAGAUGGCAGGGCUUCACUUAUUUCACCCACGAGUAAGUUAAAUAGUAGAAUGGAAUCCGUGCAUUUUGCGAGGGAUAUGUUUGAGCCCAAUGAUUCUGUCUAUUGCUCUUCUGUUUCACAAUCAAAAAUGUUAGACAACAUAGAAAGCUCUAAUGGAAAUGAGCGCCAGUUGGCAAGUUUGUUAAAGCUUGAACCAACUGAUUUGCAUCCUUUUUGCUCUACAGUCAAUCAAUGUGGAUCUUCUUCACCUCUCUCUGCUGGCAGAAGAGAAAGUGGCCAUGAUCUAAAGACAGACAAAAUUGUGAAUAACAAUGCAAGAAAUGGAGAUUCCCUGCAUUAUAGCUCUCCACUGGGAGAGAGAGGUAUAUUGCACCACAAGCAAUGUAAAGGUGUAAAUAAGUACCUUUCUAUACAGACAGCUUGUGAUGAGACAAGUAUGGCCAUCUACAGUAUUAUUGGUGGCAUGUUAGAUGAGUUUGCACAAGCACAACACCUGAACCUAGGCAAGCAUCACUUGACAUAUCUUCAAAACCGUGAAUCAGUACCUAAUGACUCCAAAGGUAUGAAGCGUGCUAGGCCUGCAUGCUUGCGUUGAGUAAUGGAUGUAAAAUAGUAGGCCGCCACAGCAAUUUAUUCAGGUUCAUGAGAAGGUUGGACUUUCGCAAACUUCAUAUGCAGGUCAAUUUGUGAGAAAAGCAAAAAAUGGAGAGCAAAAGAAAGGAAUGAGCACAUCCUUAGACACUGCAAACCUCGUGUUGUCAUCCACCGUAGAUGAGUUUGCAAUUGAGGAUACUCGAAUCUGGGACAACAGAGACAGAGAUACAUCAUUAACCAUUGCAACCAUUGCAUAUCUUGCGCUGUCCAAAUUUUCCUGGAUGGAGGCAGUAUUUAGCUUUUGGUGUUUGUGCUUUAUGGUGUUUUCUAGAGCAUAUUUCAUCGGGAUUGGAGAUCCAAUUCAUGGUAAAUGUCAAAGACGGUUUACACUUGCCAUCCUGGUGUUUGUGCUUAGAGAGUUCUGAAUUCAAUAAAGCUUAGUUGUCAUUAGUGAGUCUUUCUUGGGGAAGAAAUCACCAUACAAUUACUAACCUAUUCUGAUUCAAUCCUACACCAGCCAGUUCGUA